AAAUAGUGAGUGAUAACAGUUGUAUGAUGAAAUGAAAGUUGUAGGAAAUGUGAUUUUAUUACAAUAGAUCUUGUUGAAUCGACAUUAAAAUUGAACUUUUACCAUUUUUAAUCGAAAACUACAUUCGUUCGUUUACACUUUGUAUGCUCCAAAAAUGAUUCUGGCAUGCCCCUGUGUUUUACUACGCAUAUCGACAUCGGUACUAAAAAAAUACACCCGCGAGUUUUCUCAUUCGUUUUCCUCUAUUAAAUACCCUUUUGCAACGAGUCAAAUCCAGCGCAGAUAUUUUAGCGAAAAACAGGAAGAUUUUUACGCUGCCAUUAAUACAGAAGAUUUUGAAAUCUACGAGCAAAAGUCUGGUUACAAAGAAGCAGAUCUCGAGAAGAUUGCCGAAGGUGACGAAGAAAAAAUCAAAAUUCUAAAACGAAUUCAACUUGAAAUUGAUGUUCGCGUUCAAGAAGGACAUAAUAUUCCAAACGAAAUCAGCUCCACCGAAUGGAUUAAUUUAUUAUCACUUCCAACUAAAUCACAACGCUUUAAACGUCUCGACCAUUUAUGGAAGAAUGAAAAUAGAAAAUUAUUGAAGAAACAAAAACAAGCGUUGUACCGUAAGCAAUUGAUAAACCACAAAUCAACGGAUGAACCUCGUCAACCGCUUACGACUAGUUCGCCGGUAGAGUAUGGACUAUUGAAGACAACGCUAUUUCACCGAUUUUACGAACCGGAUAUGAAGAAUUUGUAUAAUUUUCGAUUACUGCAAGCGGAGAUGUUUGGUCCUCAUUUAAUAAUCGAUUGCGGAUUCGAAGAGUUCAUGGGUCCGAUAGACUUAUCUGCCUGUGUAAGAGAUAUAUUGUACUCAUGGUCACGUAAUAGAGAUAACUUCGAUCCUUUCGAUUUGCACUUUUGUAACCUUGAUAAAAAUUCCAAGCUGUUUUCAAAACUGUGCGGCGUUCUUCCUGCUCUUGUGCGUGAUCCCGCGUGUCCUUUCAAUCACACCGAUAAGCAUUAUUUAGAUUUUUAUCCUAAAGAAAAACUCGUCUAUUUGACGCCUCAUUCGAGAGAGGAAAUGAAAAGUUUCGAAAGCGAUAGCAUUUAUAUCAUUGGUGGACUGAACGAUAGAAGUAAGGAUAUGGCGUUAACGUUAGCGAAAGCAAAACAAGAAGGCAUACGGAAACAGAAAUUUCCUUUGGAUAAAUACUUGAAAUGGAAUAUUGGCAAAAAAACGUUAUCCAUCACUGAGUGUGUAGAUAUCAUGAAUGAUCUCAAAGAUGGCAAAAGUUGGAAUUUUGCGCUCAGGCGUCUUCGUGAUAAACAGACUAACCCUCCAGCUACUACCAGUAGGCUGUCCAGGGAUGAAACUGAUGAUGAGGAAGAUGAGACGAACAAAAGAACUGCAGAGCAUAUAGAGCGGCUUAUUCGUCUUAAAGACGUUUAUGAUGGUCUGCUGAAGAAUAGAAAAUGAAAACCAAAGAGAGAUCUAGGCAUUCUUUUUUUCAAAAUGAAAAUUCCUAUUCAAAAAUGCCAUUUGAAUACUCCGUUUGUAUGCGGUUUUCGUUCUUAUUCUUUCGUAUUACUUGACCUGAUUAUUUUAAGUUGAUUUUUUAACAUAAAUUUCCAGUUUGUUAUUUUUUUCGCGUUUUUAUUAUAAACGUAUUUUUCAGGAU